AUGUGCAACUCACAUUAUCAUAUCGAAUUACUUAUUUGUAAUGUUUCUCUAACUUGUAGUUGGUAUAAGGAACAUAAUGGCCAGCUGGUUCUGUCUCACAGGGAAUUGGAGAAUAAAUACACUCAGUCUCAGCAGCAGGUUGCAGACUUGACCAAUCAGGUGGAUGAAGCUGUUAAAGCACGGCUAGAACUGAAUCAGGAACUCGAACGAUCAAAAACUGCCCUGUGUAAUCGUGACAAUGAUUGCUGCUCUCUUACACAGCGACUUGAAGAAUCAUCACAGCUGUUGAAAGAUAGAGAGCAAGAGUUGGAACACCUUCAACAGCAUCUACAGGAGACUGAACAAGUAAAGUGUAAUGCUGAAUACGAACUUGAAGCUCUUCGAAAUGAUAUAUCGGAUCUAAUGAACAAGCAAAACGACCUAAUGAACGAAGUGGAUCAGUUAAGACAAGAAAAAGAAAUACUUUCAUCACAAGCUUCUCUUGCUAUGGAGGAUGAGCCAGUCCAAGGUGCAGAGAAGCACAAUGGGGAUAUCAUUUUUGAAGAUAUAAAAGGGGACCAAGAGAAUAAAUCGAGUUUUCCUCAGUAUGAGAAAAUUGUUGACGAGAAGGAAAAAGUUGUUCAGAAACUUCAAGAUGAUGUGAAUUUCUUUAGAGAUCAGUUAAGUGAUGUCAGGGAAGAACUAGAUUGUCAGAGGAGGAAGAACAAUGAACUGAGAGAGAAAAACUGGAAAAUUGUAGAGGCCUUAGCUGAAUCUGAAAGGUAUACUGAUAAAAAACUACAAGAAAGUCAGAAAGAAAUGGAAAAAAUCAAGAAACAAGCCCAACUUGAAGCUGAAAAGACAGUUCAGGAAACUGAAAACAAAUUUCAAGAGAAGCUGGUGCAGAUAGAAAAAGAAGUUGAAGAGAGGAGUUUAUGGAGAUACCAGGAGGAGCAAAAAAGUCAAGGUUCAACUGACAGAGAAAAAACGAUAGGAGAAGAUACAUUUAUCCAGUUAUUGCAAGAGCAGAUAGACUCUUGCAAAAACCAGAUAAAUCUUCUUGUUGAAGAAGUUGAAGAGCAGAAGUCCAAAAACAGUGCAUUACAAGAGAGGAACUGGAAGAUAACAGAAGCUCUAAGAGAGGCUGAGAAGUACACCAAGAAGGUCAAAAAGGAAGGUGAACAAGAGAACAAGGACAAGAUCAAAAAAUUAGAAGAACAAAUAAAAUGUAUGAAAGAAAAUGCUACUUUCCUUCAACAGCUAGAAAAACAAAGAAUAUGUCAAAGUUCGGAGGUCAAAGAAAAAAAGACUCAAGAGGAUAAAAAACUUCAAAUUGAAGACAUUUUAAAGGAGCUUGAAAAAUGGAAAAGUGAAGCUUUAAGACUUGAUGAGGAGGGGACAAUCAGACUCCAGGAAGAACAGAAGAGACUAAAACAAGUUAUCCAGGAGGUUUUCCCAAAACUAAAUGUGAUUGUAAAUAGUGAAACGGACUUUGAUAACUGGCUACAAGCAUUUCAAGAAGCGGCUUCAGAUACAUUUGCUGAUCAAGACCUAUUUGAAAAGGAAUCAUUAAAGAAGUCCAGCCAGGAUCAGCUUUACCUGGAAGCCUCUGAACAUCAAAAUGUAACCAAAAUGUUAGAAAAAGAAUUAGAAACAACUGGGACCAAGCUAGCUGAGACUAUAGAAGCAAAAAUGGCCUUAGAGAAACAAGCUAGUCAUUACAGAUCUCUACUUGUACAAGUGGAGGAAUUUCUUGCCAGGCUCCAGGAAAAUGCAGCUAAAGAAGAACAGAGCUGGACAGAGAGACUAGCUGCCAAAGAUAAGGAAAUAGAAAAGAAAUUAAACAACAGUCUGACAGAGGAACACCUGAAGACAAAAAAACUUCUCCAUAGGAUUUUUCCAACAGUUAAUGUGAAUGAUCAGUUGGAUUAUGCAAACUGGUGUACACAGUUUGAAGAAGCCUUGCAGGUAUUUGAGAAACUAAAGCCUAGUGAAGCAUCUUCUUAUGAAUAUUUCAAAGAAGAUGAGAGAUUGAUUGAAAGCUCGAGAGAAGAUGAGAAAUUGGCUGAAAGCUCGAGAGAAGAUGAGAGAUUGGCUGAAAGCUCGAGAGAAGAUGAGAGAUUGGCUGAAAGCUCGAGAGAAGAUGAGAGAUUGGCUGAAAGCUCGAGAGAAGAUGAGAGAUUGGCUGAAAGCUCGAGAGAAGAUGAGAGAUUGGCUGAAGGCUCGAGAGAAGAUGAGAGAUUGGCUGAAGGCUCGAGAGAAGAUGAGAGAUUGGCUGAAGGCUCUGUCGAAGAGGAGGGGCUGGCUGAAGGCUCUGUCGAAGAGGAGGGGCUGGCUGAAGGCUCUGUCGGAGAGGAGGGGCUGGCUGAAGGCUCUGUCGGAGAGGAGGGGCUGGCUGAAGGCUCUGUCGGAGAGGAGGGGCUGGCUGAAGGCUCUGUCGAAGAGGAGUGGGUAGUGGAAAAAUUCAGUGAAAGUGAAAUACUGGCUGAAGGCUUUAUCAAAGAGCAGUGGUUGGCUGUAAGCUCCACUGAAGAGCAGAGUCUGUCUGAAGGUUCUGCCAAAGCACAGAUGUUGGCUGAGGGCUCUGUCGAGGAGCAGGCAUUGGCUGAAGGCUCUGUCGAGGAGCAGGCAUCGGCUGAAGGCUCUGUCGAGGAGCAGGCAUCGGCUGAAGGCUCUGUCGAGGUGCAGGCAUCGGCUGAAGGCUCUGUCGAGGUGCAGGCAUCGGCUGAAGGCUCUGUCAAAGAGGAGUGGGUAGUGGAAAAAUUCAGUGAAAGUGAAAUACUGGCUGAAGGCUUUAUCAAAGAGCAGAGGUUGGCUGUAAGCUCUAUUGAAGAGCAGAGGUUGUCUGAAGGUUCUGUCAAUGAACAGAUGUUGGCUGAAGGUUCUGUCAAUGAACAGAUGUUGGCUGAAGGCUCUGUCAAGGAGCAGGUGUUGGUUGAAGGCUCUGUCAAGGAGCAGGUGUUGGUUGAAGGCUCUGAUGAGGAUCAGGGGUUGGCCAAAAAUUCUGUUGAAGAGCAAAAUUUGGCUGGAAGCCCUUUGGAAGAGCAGAGGUGUUCGGUAAGCCCCGUGGAAGAGCAGAGGUUGGCUGAAAGCUCUUUGGAAGAGCAGAGGUUGGCUGAAAGCCCUUUGGAAGAGCAGAGGUUGGCUGAAAGCCCUUUGGAAGAGCAGAGGUGUGCUGAAAGCCCUUUGGAAGAGCAGAGGUGUGCUGAAAGCCCUUUGGAAGAGCAGAGGUGUGCUGAAAGCCCUUUGGAAGAGCAGAGGUGUGCAGAAAGCCCUUUGGAUGAGCAGAGGUGUGCAGAAAGCCCUUUGGAUGAGCAGAGGUGUGCAGAAAGUUUUAGUGAAGAGCAGAGAUUAACUGAAGUCUUUUCCAAUGCUCAGAUGUUAUCUGAUAUCUCAAAAGAAGUUGAGAGGCUGGCCCAAAGCUUAAAGGCAGAAAAAAUAUUAUCUGAAAACUUAAGAGAAGAAAAAAGAUCAAUUGAGAACUUGAGACAAGAAGAAAGAGUGGCUUUUAUGUUUAAAGAAGAAGAAAUAAUUGCUGAAUGCUUGAAGAAAGAUGAAAAGUUAAGUGAAAUUACUGUCCAGUUAGCAGAAACAGAAGAUUGUUGUUACAAGUUAGAGACUGAAGUUGACCAUUACAAGACCAUUCAUACAAAGGAUGAAGAAUUGAUAAAGAGCCUUGAAGAGAUGAAAGUGAAAGAGGCAGACAGUUGGAAAGAAAAACUGGCUGAUAAAGAACAAGAAAUUAAAAAAUGGCUGGACAGUACAGUGAAAGAGGAGCAGCUGAGAACAAAGGAACUCCUGACCAGUAUUUUCCCCACUGUUACUGUGGAAGAUCAACUGGAUUAUGCCAGCUGGUGUUCUCAGUUUAAGGUGGAAGCCUCACAGGUACUGGAGCAACUAAAUUUGACAGAAUCAACCCAUUCACCUGAAGAAUGCUUGAGAAAGGAUGAGAGAUUGGCUGAAAUGACAGCUCAAUUAGCUGAAGCAGGAGAGUAUAGUCGUAAACUGGAGAUUGAAACUGAUCACUACAAGACAGCUCUUAAAGGGACUGAAGCAAUGCUAAUCAGCCUCCAAAAAAUAGCAGCAAGAGAAGAAGAAAACUGGAAAGCUGUAGCUGCUAAUAAAGAAUUGGAGCAUGAAGAAAAGAUGAAAUCCCAAGUUAGAGAAAAUCAACAGAAUGUUGUGGAACUUUUGAAGAGAUUGUUCCCUACAAUUAACCUAGACCACAAAAUGGAUUUUUGUCAGUGGCUGAGUUGUUUUGAAAGUGAAGUGUUGAAAAUGUUAGAUGAGCUACAGCUGAAAGCAAACAGCACAGAUACAGAACUUCUAAAGGAACAAAUUGUCAAACUUGAAGAAGAAAAACAAACAUUAGCCUCUCAAGUGGAACAGUGUAACAAUUCUCUACAUGAAAAGGAGGAAUCCUUCAAGAAGUUAAGAACUGAAGUAGAGAUAGAAGAACAAACAUGGAGAGAGAAGUUCAUCAAUCAGGAGAAAGAACUGAAAGAGGAGAUUGCAGCUCUAGUUAGGCAAGAACAGAAGAAAGUGAUGGAACUAUUGAAGGAAGUUUUCCCCUCAAUUAUCAUAGAUGAUGAAACUGAUUUCUGUCAGUGGCUUAUUAGCUUCAAAACGGAAAUGGUCAAAAUGUUAAACUGCCUACAAUCAAGAUCCAGUAACGAAGAAACUGAACUUUUACAGGAACAAAUAGUAAAAAGUGAAGAAGAAAAAAGCAUGUUAAUUGCUCAAGUUGAACAGUACAAGAAUGCUCUGUUAGAAGCGGAGGACUCCUUCAGGAGAAUGAAGGGAGAAGCAGAAACUGAAGAGCAAGCAUGGAGAGAGAAAUUCAACACCAUGGAGGAAGAACUGAAAGAGGCGUUGAAGGAGAAGGAGGAACUUGCUGGAGAAAAAGUAACUUUAGAAACCAACUUAUUGCAACUUCAAGGAAUUGAAGAGGCCUUUGCAGAGAUGCAAGCUAAGCUUGUUGAACUACAAGGCAAACUUCAAGGAGAGGAGAAAGACAAAAAAAUGCUAGAAGACAAGUUUGAGAAGGUGGAACCGAGUUGACAGUGUCGAUGCUGA